AUGCACCUAUCCAAGGGAACCUCGCAAGAUCAGCAACUCCCGAAUUUGAUUUCAGGUUUCGACUUCUUUCGAUUGUCAGAAUCGUCUCUGAACACAAUCGAGAAACGCGAUGGCCCUUCGGAGUUCACGGCAGAUAGCAAUUGGAGCGGUCUACCAGAAAGACUCCCCGUGACCCCUAGGAUGCAGUCCUUUCUCUCUCCGAGUGCAACUGCGAGUUUGAUCGAGUUCUAUUUCAACCACGUACGGAGCUUCAUCGAUAUUGUCAACCCAGAAGCUAUGAGCUUGACCUUGUAUCAAUUCCAGAAUAACCCGAAUGAGGUUCAGGGACCCGAUCGGUGCAUACUCUGUUUGGUUCUUGCAGUCGCGCUCGCCUUGGAUUCUGGUGAUUCAGCACAGUCGACGAGCCCGGAAUUUAAACACCAGCUGUUUGCUAUAGCUGAGGGGCUGGCUCACCCAACCCGUACCUUCGAAAAGUCUCAGUAUCACGAUGACGUCCUCUGGCGUCUCCAAGCUCUCGCUUUGAUGUCGUUCUUUAUGCUGUCUGUUUCUAUGAGGAAUACUGCUUAUGAAUUUUGCGGCAAGUCUCAUCGUAUUUGUAUGCGAAUCAAGGAAGCUAACAAUGACUCAGGUCGAGCUGUUCGAGUUGCCUACGCCCUUGGGAUUCAUCGAGGCCAUGAGUCUGAGAUCAGUCAGUUCCCCGCCAACGAGGAACUCAGAGUUUUACGAAGAAACGUCUGGAGAAGUCUGUUUGUCCUAGACAGAUUCCUGGCUGCAACUUUAGGAAGACCAUUCGCCAUCUCUGAUCACGAAUACUCCGAAUCCUCCCUUAGGCCACCCAACCGACCAAGGAGUCCCAACAAAGUUCCGAAAAGGGACAUGCUCGACCCCCCUAUUGAUGCAUGUAAAAUGAUUGGUCAUAUCAUGAACAACAUUUACUCAUGUGACAAAGUCGCGAUCGAGAUUCCGAAUCAAAUGCUGGAGUACCUAGAAGCUCACCCAAGUUUCCAAGAAGAUGGAUUCUUUACGACAAGCGGCUUAAUGCCUACGGUAUCUCAAAUUCAUGUGCAUUUACUUGGCUUCUACGCCAAUAUCCUCCUUUGUCGCCCAUUUUUCCUUUUAUCCUUCAUGGGGACAAACGCCUCAGAUGGCAUCCAGACACAAAUCAAUAGGCUGUCUGAAAGAUGCGUCUCUCAAUCACUUCAAGCGGUUGAAAUGGUGAAAGGGGGGUUUCAUGCCAACCUCUUGCGCCAUUCUGACCCCCUUGCUCUCUAUGUUUUAUUUGAAGCGGCACUUGUCUUGCUUAGCAGUACUUAUGCAGAUAUCUACGCUCAAAAGGAGCACUUGUUGUUGGUAAAAGACACAAUGUUCAUAUUGAAAACAUGGUACGCCUCGAGCCCUUAUGCAGAGCAGUUCGCUUCCAAGUUGGACUUGUUUCGGCAUGACGUCGAACGCCAAGAACAAGUGAAAGCUAUAAGACAGGCUUCGAGGAGACAGACUCACAAAGUCAAACGCGAGCCGAUGACAUCUUACGAGCCUAGUCAGUAUCGCUCUCCAUUUCGGCAAAUGCCUCGUGGUAGUUUGGUAUCCUCGUGCGAUAGCCGUCGCGGGUCGGGGUCCGCAAACAACACCACGAUCAAACAAGAAGCUGGUGUGUACUCAGGCUCCUUAACAUCAAGGCCCUUGUUCUCGCCUACCGACUUCAACAUGAAUCAAUCUCAGUCUUUUGCCGAGUAUUCACAAAGUUCACAUUUCAGUGAUCACAGCAUCGACAUGGAUUAG